AUGGCAACGGAAGAGGAGCGCGAGAUGAUGGAGCGCAUCAAGCGCCUGACUGACCAGAUCCAGCUUCAUAAAAGUCAGCAGCAGGCGGCGGCAGCGGCGGGACAAAACCCCCCGCCGUAUUAUCGAUCGCAUCAUCACCCGGGCUAUCCGUCCUCAUGGCGUCGAGGUGGUUUUCCCCAUCGCGGUGGCCACUCGGGGGCUCGAAUGCCACUUUACCGCAACAAGACACUCAUCUUAAACCGUGGACCCCAGCAAAAUCAGCAAACAGCGACGGCAGAGGCGGAUUCUGGAGCUACCUCGGAUGCAUCCACAACCUCGUGGAUUACCAAAACUGAUCGCCACCUACAAUUGAUUAACGCCUCGGUUUAUAAAAACAGCAUUCAGGCCCGAACAGCUGCUCUCGAACAGACCCGGCGUCAGAAAGCUGCGUUCAGAGAUAAACAAGAGCGCGCCAAGCUCAUCAGCCACCUCAACCGAAUGGCAAACAGCGGAGGUUUUGGUCAGACUAAUUCACAGGCCCCCGCCGAACAAAAGUACGAGGUCACCGUCCAGGGCAUCCGAUUUGUUGUAGCAAAGAACGGCAGCAAGUUAGUCAGGGUUCCCGGCGAUGUCAACUCGCCCAAGGCCACUCCCAAGAUGGCCGUUAUCGGUGGAGUCAAGUUCUACAGAAGCAAAAACGGGAAUCUGUAUCGUCACGGCGUUGUGAAAGCCCAACGGCAAUCCGGUGCCGUCAAGAAGGUCAAUGUGCCUUGCAAACAGUUUUCCAUGACGGGUGUUUGCAACCAAGGCCCACGCUGCCGCUAUAUCCACGACCCCCACAAAGUUGCCAUUUGCAAGGACUUCUUGCUUCAGGGUGACUGCCCAAACGGCGAGCAUUGCGACCUCUCCCAUGACCCUACCCCCGAGCGCAUGCCGACUUGCUUGCAUUUUGCCCGAGACAGUUGCACCAAGUCAGAUUGCAAGUAUGUCCAUGUUAAGUUGUCCCCAACUGCCAAGGUGUGCCACGAUUUCGGCUUUUACGGCUAUUGCGUAAAGGGUGCUAGCUGCCCUGACCGUCACGCCUUUGAAUGUCCUGACUUCAGCAACACGGGUGUCUGUAAGAAUAAGGGCUGUAAGCUGCCACAUCGGGAGCGGGCCAGUAUGCUUCGCACCAGAGGACUCGGCAGUGGCAGCGGAGGAGGGGCAGAGGACGACGAGAAAAUGGAAGAUGUCUCGAGCGAUGACGAGUCGAUUGACAGCGAUGAUGUCGACUCGGAUGAGGUGGACGAGUUCAUUGGCCAAGAUGAGACAGGCGGUCUCGAUUUCGUGGAGCAGAGGGACUUCAUCGAGCUAUGA